ACACAUAGUCCACACUCCAUGUUUCUUUGCCGAUUUUUUUGGGCUUCGCGUCACCUCGCGCUGAUAAAUUUUAAAAAAAGUUUUCAUUAAUUGUGGUAAUAUCGAAAAAAUAUGUCUGAGGAUCAAAGCCGUGGACGCCGGCGACCGUCACGUGAACAACGCUACUCCAGGUCACGCUCACCAUUGGAAGCAUAUUCCAGCACAACUGGCGGUGGCGAUUCUCAACGAAGACGUAGAGAGCGGGAACCCUCUGAAGAAGCACGGCCUCCUAAAGUAUAUAAGAAAGAACCUGUUUCACCGGAUAGAAGUUCCAGUUCAUCCCGUAAUGGAAGUGGACGGAAAGAUCACAAGGAUCAGCCAUCAACAUCAGCAGCAGCAAGUGGCGGAGGUGGAGAUGCAGCCGACAGUGGUGACCCGAAUGCCAAGAGGGAGCGUUAUGAAAUUGUACACACUCGUCCAUCCGAUAUCCAGACAAAAAUUGGAAAGGGUGGCCAACCAAUAACACUGCAAACCAAUUAUUAUCGUUUGUUGACGAAACCAACAUGGCGCAUCUUUCAAUAUCACGUUGAUUUUGCUCCAUCAAUUGAAUUGCGCCGUGUUCGCGGUGGAAUUCUUUCUGAACAUCGUGCUACAUUAGGUGGAUAUUUGUAUGAUGGUACCAAACUUUUUACGUCGAGUAAGUUACAGGAAGAUAAAACAAUUCUUCGCGCGAAAUCCAAAAUUGGAGACACAUACACUAUCAUAAUAAAAUAUGUCGGUGUUAUUUCUAUGACAGAAUGGCAGUCGCUGCAGAUUUUGAACUUAAUUUUGCGUCGUGCCAUGGAAGGUCUCAAAUUACAGUUAGUCGGAAGAAACUUUUAUGAUGCGAUGGCAAAAAUUGAUAUGCGAGAGUACCGUUUGCAGCUCUGGCCGGGAUAUCAAACAUCAAUACGCCAACAUGAAAGAGACAUUUUGUUGUGUGCCGAAAUCGCUCAUAAAGUAAUGCGUACUGAAACUGUUUAUGAUAUUUUGAUGAGGUGCACAGAAACUGCAAAGGAUUACCAAGAGGAAUUUAGACGACAUGUGCUAGGUCUCACAGUUUUAACCGACUAUAAUAAUAAGACCUAUCGCAUUAACGACAUUGAUUUUAGCAAAAAUCCAUCAAAGACAUUUAAAUGUAAAGAGAAAGAGGUAUCUUUCAUUGACUACUAUUACCAAAAAUAUCACAUUCGCAUCCGAGAUCCAAAGCAACCUUUGCUCAUAUCUAAGGCUAAAGAGAGGGCUAUGAGAGGUGGCAGUAGUGACAUAAUUAUACUCAUUCCCGAACUAUGCAGGCCGACUGGCCUAACUGAAAACAUGCGCAAUAAUUUCCAACUUAUGAGAGCUAUGGCAGAUCACACGCGUAUGAAUCCCGAUCGUCGCAUUGACCGUUUACGAAUUUUCAAUCAAAGACUACAGCAGACCGACGCUAGUGUAGAAGUACUCAAUGGUUGGAAUAUGACUUUAGAUCGCCACUUGGUUGACCUGAAUGGUCGCGUUCUGGAGCCGCAACGUAUUGUAUUUAGCGAACACAAAAAAGCUUCAGCCGGUGAACAAGCUGAUUGGACACGUCUUUUCCGCGAUAAUGGAUUGUUUACAACUCCAUCCCGUGGACUUGACCGAUGGUCUGUAAUAGCCACAAACCGUAACUCUAGAGAGCUAAGGAAUUUCGUAGAAUCUCUAAUUCGGGCUGCAAGUGGCAUGCAAAUGCGAAUCAAUCGGCCCAGAGAAGUUAUGUUAUAUGAUGACAGGAAUCACUCGUACAUUCAAGCAAUGGAGGACUGCAGCCGUCAAGAUCCUCAGUUAAUACUAUGUUUAGUACCAAAUAAUAAUGCCGAGCGUUAUGCUUCUAUUAAAAAGAAAGGAUGCUUGGAAAGAGCUAUACCCACUCAGGUAAUAACACAAAAGUCGGCAAAUAACCAACGCGGUCUUAUGAGUAUAGCCACAAAGGUAGCAAUACAAAUAAAUUGCAAAUUGGGAUAUACACCAUGGAUGAUUGAUUUGCCACUUUCCGGUUUAAUGACAAUCGGUUAUGAUGUCGCUAAAAGUACACGUGAUCGAUCAAAGGCUUUUGGGGCUUUAGUAGCAUCGAUGGAUAUGAAAACAAAUGCCACUUUCUACAGCACAGUGGCAGAAUGCCAUUCCCACGAUGUCUUGGCAAACAGCCUUUGGCCGAUGAUGACAAAAGCUUUACGUCAAUACCGCAAGGAACACGAUGGGAAAUUACCAACACGUAUUUUAUUCUAUCGUGAUGGAGUAGGAGAAGGGUCUUUGAGACAAGUUUACGAGCACGAGGUUAAAGAUGUAGUUGAAAAACUUGAGCAAGAAUAUAAGCGUGUUGGCUCUGAGAAACCCCCAAUGUUUGCAUAUGUUGUGGUAUCUAAAAAUAUUAACACCCGUCUGUUCGCUCGAGGACGGAACCCACCUCCUGGUACAGUCGUCGAUGAUGUAGUAACAUUGCCAGAACGUUAUGACUUUUUCCUCGUAUCCCAGUCUGUGCGACAAGGAACAGUUUCGCCUACCAGCUACAAUAUUGUAUACAGUAACAUACGUUUAACACCGGAUCAGAUGCAGCUUUUGACAUACAAAAUGACCCACUUAUAUUACAAUUGGUCCGGUACUACACGAGUGCCAGCUGUAUGUCAAUACGCUAAAAAACUUGCAACUUUAGUGGCCACAAGUCUCUAUCAACCUCCUCAAAAUGCACUUGAGAAAAAGUUAUAUUAUUUGUAAGAUUCCACAUUUUAAUUUUUAUAAAUGAUGAAUAAUUUUGAAUUCAUCCCUACUUUUAUAAGUUAGUGAUGUAUUUUUUCCCAAACUGUACCAUGAAAUUUUUUUUUUAAUUUUUUUGAAAUGUUAAAACGAAAAGUAUUUGGAUACGAUAAUUUCAUAUAGAGUUGCAGUAAAUUCGAAAGGGAUAGUUAUGACGUUAUGUGUAUAACAAAUCUGCGGAGUAAUGGAAUCGAAUCCAAAUGGACAGAAGAAUAUAUGAAUUCAUUUAAUACAUAUAAAUUUUUAUGUAACGUAUUUUUAAAAAUAGAUGUGAGGCGAUACACUUUGAACUCCUCUGAAACUAUGUCACCCUCAAUGUGUGCAUUUAUGAAAUAAACUUACAACUCUUUCCACAUACAUAA